AUGGAGAUCUCAGGCCUUCCCCGUAAGCUCCGCAAUUUCUCGAACCCUUACUGUAUUUACUCAUUUUCUUCUCAAUCUCCAUAUCCCUCAUGCUCGACCUUUUCCCAUCCUAGAACCCUAGCCACCCCCACCGAUCCAUCCUCUAUAAUUUUGUUCAAUUUCAGUCCAUUUUAUUCCAUAUCAGCAUCCGAUUCUGCUGAAUCUCCAAUCAACGCUGCUGGUUGUUCAUUAAUCUGCAAUGCAAUUUCGCAUUCUGCACCUUCAUUAUGUUUGUUUGGGAGAUGUAAUGGCGGAAGAUUGGAUUUGAAUCUUGGAUUGCUUCAACGGCGUUCCUACACAACCUGCCGCUCAUUCUUGUCCUCUUCGUUUAAUCAGCCGACUUCCACGGAGAAGCCCCAAUGUGGGACUGGUAAUUUAGAUGUGUCUAAACCGAAUGCGAGGCAGAAUCAAUUUUGGGAUAUUAUCAAAAUCAUUCGGAGAAAUGAGGAGGAUUUGGAAUCCAAGUUGAAUUCGUUGAAUUUAAGUUUAACUAAUGUUUUAGUUGCUCAGAUUUUUCGGGUGCUGAAUAACGAUAAGGUUUCUGCCUUUCGUUUUUUCAACUGGAUUAGGGUUCAGUCGUGUAAAUUUCCUGGUAACUCUGAUGUUUAUAGUCUACUUAUUGAUAAUUUUGGUAGAUUAGAUGAUUAUGAGGGGAUGCUUCCUGUUUUGACUGAAUUCAGGCGGAAAGGAAUUGAUCUAAACCACAAAGCAUUUGUGUUUUUACAUGUUCAGUUAUCAAAUGAAGCUUCGAUUAAGAUUUCUGUAGAAAGAGUGAUCAAGUUAUUGAAUGAAGUAGGAGGAUCCUGUCGAAUUUCUGGGGUCAUGUCAUUGAUUGAGAUGUUCUGUUCUUUUGGUUCUUAUGGAAUGGCGAAGUUUGUAAUCGAGAUAACCGAGAGAAGGGCGUCUUUCUACAACAUCAUUGUCCGGGAACAAUGUCGCCGAAACGAUUUUGAAGGAGCUAGAUGUACACUCAAUGAGAUGAGGCAAGUGGGUUGUAGCCCUGAUGUGGGAAUUCUCAACUAUCUGCUCAGUUGUUUGUGCAAGAAUGACAGAUUUGAUGAAGCGCAGAGUAUGUUCGAAGCAAUGCUCCAACAAGAUUGUCCUCCGAAUUCGUUGACAUUCGAAGUCAUUAUUUGCCACUUGUGUGAAAUUGGUAAGAUUGAAUCAGCACUCAGCUUUCUUGACAUGAUGGUGUCAAGGGGUCUCGAGCCUCGCCUUUCGACGCACGCUGCCUUUGUGAAAAGCUACUUCAAUUCCCAGAGAUACGAGGAGGCAUAUCGGUAUGCCGUUGAUUCUAGCUCCAAACAUGCCACGGCACAAAAUGCAACCUAUAGCUUGCUUGCAACUCUUCAUGAGAAGAGAGGAAACUUAGUUGAUGCUCAAAAAAUUCUGUCUGAAUUGAUAGAUGCAGGUCUUAGACCAAACUUUCCAGUGUAUACGAGAGUUUUCAAGAAGCUCCAGCUUCAAGGCAAGGAAGAUUUGGCCAACGAUCUGAAGGGCAAAUUCUCUAUUGUAAGUUUUCAAUGUGGCAUUCAAACUGGAUGA